CUAAAUCCUUCGCUUGCCUUACUGUGAACCUUUUAAAUCGAAGCGUCGACGCAGGAUUGAGUUAGCUUUAGGAUAUAUGUUCAUCACGAGCCAUCAAACGACGCGUUUCUCAAUUCAAAGAUGUGGAGGUACCAUAGGAUGUCGGAGCUGGGUGCAGUGGGCUCGAACACCCCGGCGAGGUGGUGGUAGGCUUGAACAUGGCCGGCGUGAGGGUGCGGCAUUGACACGGAUUGAUGUAGGCGGAAAUAAGGGAUUUGCGAUCGGAGCGGAUGAUGGAAUGUUAGGGAGGGAGGAGAUGGAGAGAGAACCGAAGGAAAACUCGAAAGUGGAAGAGUUGAGAGACGAAUUUGAAGCAGUGAAGGACGAGAUGGUAGUGCUGCCGAUGAUGAAAAUGAAGGAACAUUUAUAGGCGAUUUAUAAAGGACAAAGUAGAAGUGAUUUUUCGUGGAAUGUUGCAUACCUCCUUGCAAGUGCCGUUCCUCUCUUUUUGCAAGGGACACUAGCAAACUCCGUUAGAUUCCUCCGUCUGUGUUGAGAUGGGCACGCAACGUCGCGCUCUUGUACGUCUCCAUCUACUGAAAAAUACAGGAGACAGUCAGCGACACCAGCUUUCUUCUCGUUUUAUUUUCAAAAUUCAUCUCAUCUUGAGAACCCAAUUCGGAUGAAGCCAACUGAUGAACAUCAAAUUAGUUGAUGAUUUAUAUUGGAUGAACGAUAUAAAAGAAAGAAAAAUAAUUCUAAUAUGGAA